AGCAUCAACAUGAAGUGCUGUGUGCCUGGGUGUAGGCAGGAAAGUAUAAAGGGUAUUUCAUUUCAUAGAUUUCCAUUGAGAGACCAAAAUCGAUCUCAAUUGUGGAUUGAUCAAAUACAUACAUAUUUGGAAAAACAUAACUGUGGACAUGAAAGAUUAAAACAGAAUACAAAAUCUGUUUUGUGUUCAAACCAUUUCCUUAAUAGUGACUAUGUCACUACAGUAAGCGGCCGUAUAUUAAAAGCUUCAGCGUGUCCUUCAGUCUUUUCGUGUGAUCCUAAUGCUAGACCUGCUCAACGGAAAAAACAACGUAAAUUAAGCUCUAAAACACCUGCAUUGCAGCCUCGAUUACGCUACAUUCUUCCAAAAGUAAAGAUCAAUGAACUGGAAUGUACAAAAGUAAUGACCACAGAAUGCGACGAAGAAAACAGAAAAAAUAUCUCAUGUAUUCAAGAUUCGGUACUUGACGAAUCGGUGAUUAAAAAAGAAAGAAUAGAGAAGCCAAUGAUAAAAAAGAGUACAGUCGAGGAACUGAUGCUCAAAAAAGCUAAGGUCGAGGAAAAAAUGCUUCAAGAAGGUACAGUUGAGGCACUGAUGCUAGGUGAAGAUAUGAUCGAGGAAUCAAUCGUCGAAAACACACAAGGAUCGUUCCUCGAAGAUUUAAACAAGAAUGCAUGCACCGGAUGUUCAUCAUUAAAAGAAGAAGUCCAGACGUUACAGAAAAAGAUAGCUGUUCUGGAAGAACUGUUAUUUAAGCUGAAAUCUUACAAUGGAAGUGACAUUUGCGAAAAUGAUCACUGUUAUGCAAGCACUCCACAAAGCUUGCGACGACAGUUACAUUUUUCGCAAGCCAAGAUGUCAACUGGACCUACACAUAAACAUCGUUACAAAAACGUAGGAUUAGAUUCACAAGAGCUGCGAAGACGCAGAGAAGAAGAGGGAGUCCAAUUAAGAAAACAGAAACGUGAGCAGCAAUUAUCAAAACGUCGCAAUGUUCCAAACAUUGUUGCAGAUGAAGAUAAUGUUACAUCUACAGAUGAUUAUUCACUUCCUAUUGGUACAGCACAAUCGUCUCCUGGUAUUAUAACAUCUGAAAUGGUAGAUGCAUUGUAUAGUCCUAACAUACAAGAUCAAUUGGCAGCAACGCAGAAAUUUAGAAAAUUAUUAUCAAGAGAGCCAAAUCCCCCUAUAGACGAGGUUAUACAAACAGGAAUCGUACCACAAUUUGUUGAAUUUCUUAAAAAUAAUACAAAUUGCACUCUGCAGUUUGAAGCAGCAUGGGCUCUGACAAAUAUAGCAAGUGGUACAUCUCAACAAACACGUAUUGUGAUAGAUGCAGGAGCUGUUCCUACUUUCAUAUCUUUACUUGGUUCUGAAUAUGAAGAUGUGCAGGAACAAGCUGUUUGGGCAUUGGGUAAUAUUGCAGGCGAUAGUCCCGAAUGCAGAGAUCAUGUCUUAGCCAAUGGUAUCCUCACACCACUUCUGCAACUGCUAUCAAAGGCAACACGACUUUCUAUGACCCGCAAUGCGGUAUGGGCAUUAUCAAAUCUCUGUCGAGGAAAGAAUCCAGCACCAGCUUUUGCAAAGGUUGCACCAUGUUUACCAGUGUUGGCACAUCUUCUCAAUCAUACUGACUAUGAUGUACUCGCUGAUGCUUGUUGGGCUCUUUCUUACUUGAGUGAUGGCCCAAAUGAUAAAAUACAAGCUGUUAUUGAUGCUGGUGUUUGCAGACGUCUCGUAGAACUUCUCAUGCAUGAACAAAAUAAUGUAAUAAGUGCGGCUCUUCGUGCUGUAGGAAAUAUAGUUACUGGAGAUGAUGUGCAAACACAAGUUGUAUUAAAUUGCUCGGCAUUACCUUGUCUAUUACAUCUCUUAAGUUCGCCACGGGAAAGUGUUCGUAAAGAGGCUUGUUGGACAGUCUCUAAUAUCACUGCCGGUAAUCCCCAACAAAUACAAGCGGUGAUCGAUGCUAAUAUCUUUCCGGUUUUAAUCGAGAUUUUAAGUAAAGCUGAAUUUAAAACACGUAAAGAAGCUGCAUGGGCAAUUACAAAUGCUACUAGUGGCGGAACAGCCGAACAAAUUCGAUACCUCGCAGUGCAAGGAUGUAUUCCGCCGCUUUGCGACUUGCUUACUGUUAUGGAUGUCAAGAUUGUUCAGGUCGCUCUGAAUGGUAUAGAAAAUAUUUUACGCCUGGGAGAACAAGAUGCAACUAUGCAUAAUGGUCUCAAUCCUUAUGCAGUUCUUAUCGAAGAAUGUUAUGGCCUAGAUAAGAUAGAAUUCUUGCAAUCGCACCAAAAUAUGGAUAUUUAUCAAAAGGCCUUCGAUAUUAUCGAACGAUUCUUUGGGUCUGAGGAAGAAGAUACCCGACUUGUACCUUCAAUCGAUUCACAAGGACAAGAAUAUCAGUUCACCUCACCAGAUUCUUCCCAACUACCAGUGCAAGGCUUUGACUUCUAAUCAUCUGUCUUUAAAUUUCUGAAUAUAACUCUGUUUCUUUAAACGUUAACGUUAUUUGUUCCACAGGGAUUUAUAAUAUUUUAAAAAUUAGUAGGGGAGAUUGCGCGCCGAGCUACCUGUUUAUGGGAGGUAGGUGUCCACAGUACUGUUAUCUCAGGUGUUAAGCGGUAGAUAUCCCUAUUAAUUUAAAAAGUAGCUGGAAAAAGCUAAGUAACAUGAAAACAAAAAUUUCUGAAAUUACUUACAUAAUGCUUUUUCAAUUACUCGUUAGAAUGGUAGACAUCUGCCUCUUAACAUCUGAUCUGAGACAACAAUACUGUGGACACAUGGUCUCUCCUACAUCAAUAAGAGAAAUAUGAUUUUACAUAUUCAUUCACUGAGCUUGAGUGUAUUUGUGUCAGAAGUACAAAAUAAUUGAAACUGAUCUAUUCUUCUUUUAUUCGAAUUAAAAGCAGUAAAAACUCUUCAUACACUUUCAAUUGAUUUUUUCUUUUUUUUUUAUUUUUUAUUAUUUAAGAUGAACCAUAACUUACUCUAUGUUACGAUCUGAAAUUGUUUUCGAAUUUACGUCAAAUUACAACAAUGUCUGUGUUUAGAGCCUUGAAACAAUUUGUGUAGGAACACUUACAGACUCAUACCUGCAUGUAUUUAGUAUGAGACGUUUAGUUU